GAUAUCUUGGGAAGAUAUUGCUCGUACAAUAUAGAAAUUAUAGCAAAUGAUUUGUCAAAAUGACCAUGGAUCCGUUGUUUUUAGCGCUGAGCUUGUUUCGUAGGAGAAAAUUUGAGGAAUCUUCGGCAUUGUGUACAGAACUAUUAAAGAAAAAUCCCUUUGAUCAGGCAGCGUGGUGUCUAAAGACCAGAGCUUUGACAGAACAGGUGUAUGUUGAUGAAGUAGAAGUAGAUGAAGAAGGACUUGCAGAAGUGUUAAUGGAUGACAAUUCUGUGGCUCAGUUACCAAGACCCGGAACAUCAUUGAAAAAUCCUGGCACAGGAAUAGGGGCACCAACACCUGGAGUCAGACCCAUGUCACAAUCUGGACGUCCUUUGAGUGGUUUCAUUAGGCCUGGUACCCAAAGUGCCAGACCUGGAACCAUGGAACAGGCUUUGCGUUCUUCACGGACUGCGGGUGGUACGGCAAGACCGGUUACGAGUGCUUCUGGUCGUUUCGUCCGUAUAGGAACGGCGUCCAUGUUGUCUCAGCCAGACGGACCUUUUAUAAACGUAGCGAAAUUAAACUUCGCCAAGUAUGCUCAGAGACAAAAUCUGGCGAAGUCCCUUUUUGAAUACAUCUUUCAUCAAGAAAAUGACGUGAGAAAUGCUUUAGAAUUAGCAGCACGAGCGACCGAAUCCAGUAAGUUUAAAGACUGGUGGUGGAAAGUUCAAUUAGCCAAAUGUUAUUACAGACUUGGUAUGUUUCGUGACUGCGAAAAACAGUUAAAAUCAUCCCUGCGCGAUGAUGAAAUGGUCGACUCGUAUUUAUACCUCGCAAAAGUUUAUGUUCGGCUUGAUCAACCACUUACGGCCAUAGAUGUCUUGAAGAAGGGUGUUGAAAAGUUCACUGGUGAGACUGCUCUUCUCACUGGAAUAGCAAGGAUUCACGAGGGAUUGAACAACAUGACGGACGCUGUUCAGGUUUACAAGGAUGUUUUACAUUACGACAAUACUCAUGUCGAGGCAAUCGCUUGCAUUGCCACGCAACAUUUUUACACCGAUCAACCGGAGAUUGCUUUGAGAUAUUUCAGACGUUUACUUCAAAUGGGAGUGUACAACACGGAACUGUUCAAUAACCUUGGAUUGUGUUGCUUCUAUGCACAGCAAUACGACAUGGCUUUAUCGUGCUUUGAAAGGGCGUUAAGUCUUGCCUCAGACGAAAAUAUGGCAGAUGUAUGGUACAAUAUUGGUCACUUGGCUUUGCGCAUUGGUGAUCUUGCAAUGUCCUAUCAAUGCUUUCGUCUUGCUCUGUCCGCAAACAACAAUCACGCCGAAUCUUACAACAACUUGGGCGUAUUGGAAUUCAGAAAGGGGAACAUUGAUCAGGCGCGGGUCUUCUUUCAAACUGCACAGAGCUUGGCUUCUCUUAUGUAUGAACCUAGCUUCAAUUAUGCUUUACUCUCGCAAAAGGUUGGUGAUUUACAAAACAGUUUUGCAGCAGUGAAUAAAUCUUUGGAGGCUUUUCCUGAGCACUGGGACAGUAACGAUCUCUUGAGACAACUCCGAACGGAAUUAGACGCUUUGUAAUCAUGACGUCAUAUACAAAGCCCGUCAAAAACUUGUAAAGUGCAGCUUUUCUAUACGCGCACCGAAUCAUAGGGAACGUGCAAACUUCUAUUUAAUUGUAAAUAGUUAAAUACAAAAUUCAUGUAGGAUAGUUUCAUGUAUGAGGUUUUAUAAUUCAUGCAUGGCAUUACCAAAUGAUUGACUAGAGCUGCACGGCUAACCGAAAAAUUGGUUAUUUCGGUCUUUACGUACAGAAAACUUUUUAUGUAAAAAAACCGGUCGUUUCGGUUUAAUUUUUACGUUUAUCUACGCCCUCCUUAUUGCAAACAGAAACAUUUCAAAAACAAUGAUAAUAAUACGUAGUAAUAAGUAAAUAGAUGUCGGGAAAAUAAAAUACCCCAGUGACUGACUCCAAUCCAUUCAAAGCAA